AUGCGUUUCUUGACCUCACUGUCUGUGGGUAUCGCUCUGGUCAGCACUGUUGCUGGCUUGGUGACUCCAUACAACAAUACUUCUACUGGUCUUGGAGAAUUCCCUUCGCUCAUCAAUGUUACUACAGAAGAACUUGCCACUGGUCUAGAGGCAGGACGCUUCACCAGUGUUAAUCUGGUCAAGGCGUAUUCUGCCAGAAUCAUGGAGAUGAACAGCACUCUUCGCAUGGUUACCGAGCUCAACCCAGAUGCCCUAGCAAUUGCUGCAGAAUUGGAUGCUAUGCGAGCGAACGGUACUAUUCUAGGUCCUCUUCAUGGCUUGCCUAUUCUCAUCAAGAACAACAUUGCUACUGCUGAUCAGAUGAACAACACUGCCGGAUCUUUCUCCUUGCUUGGUGCAAAGGUCCCUCGUGAUUCCACUCUGGCUGCAAAGCUGAGAAAAGCUGGUGCCAUUAUUCUCGGCAAGACCAACCUCUCGCAAUGGGCCAACUAUCGCUCAAACAACAGCACUAACGGCUGGUCUGCAUAUGGCGGACAAACUGAGGCUGCUUACUACCCUCAUCAAGAUCCUAGUGGUUCUUCUAGUGGUUCGGGUGUUUCUUCUUCGCUUGGCCUUGCUCUUUCGGCUCUUGGCUCUGAGACAUCUGGUUCUAUUCUUUCUCCUUCGGACGUCAACAACCUUGUCGGUAUCAAGCCAACUGUUGGUCUGACGAGCAGAUAUCUGGUCAUUCCUAUUUCCGAGCAUCAAGACACCGUUGGCCCGAUGGCAAGAACUGUCAAAGAUGCAGCCUACCUUCUCCAAGCAAUUGCCGGCGUCGACCCUAACGACAAUUACACCUCAGCUAUUCCCAACAAUGGUAGCAUUCCCGACUAUGUAGGAGCCUGUGACUACUCUGCCCUCAAGGGAAAGCGCAUUGGUGUAGCCUGGAACGUCAUUGACAUUUAUGGCAUCGACGAACCAGUGAUGACUGCCUUCCAAGAGUCCAUCGCCUUGAUCGAGCGAGCAGGCGCCACCGUCGUUGAUGCCAACUUCACCGCUUUCCCUCAAUACGUUAACGACAACAACGAAACUCUCGUCCUCAACGCCGACUUCUUGACAAACCUGCACACAUAUCUCUCGGAAUUGUCUUACAACCCUAACAACGUAACCGAUCUUGCAGAGGUCAGAAACUUCACUCAUACCUUUGCUCAGGAAGAUUGGCCGGAUCGCGAUACGGCCGUCUGGGAUGACGCUCUUUUCAACCAAGGAUGGAACAACUCUGACCCGCGCUUCUGGGCAGCAUACCAAGUAAACCUUUACUACGGCGGUGAAGGCGGUAUCCUCGGCGCUCUUUCUCGCAACAACGUUUCUGCCGUCCUCCUCCCUACCCAACUCUCCCCCGGCAUUCCUGCCUUGGUGGGCAGCCCUGUAAUCACAGUUCCCAUGGGCUUCUACCCUGCAGACUGGAACGUCACAUACAAUGCUCGCAACACUUUGGUGGAGACAGGUCCUAAGGUACCGUUUGGUCUUUCGUUCAUGGGAAACAAGUUCUCGGAGGCUGAGUUGAUUGGAUUGGCGUAUGCUUAUGAGCAGAGGACUAUGCACAGAAAUGAUGUGCAGCCUUACAUCAUUCCCAACAUUGAGUUGGGCGAUUUUGUCAAAUAG